AUGCCUGACUCGACUUCUUCGAUGUCGCUCUCGCUCACUUCCCCGGUGUUCACCGCUAAACAGGGAGAGGAAAGGUCUUCCCGGCCACCGAAAAGAAUAUCAAGCUCCGGAAUUUCAAACUCGAAAAUAAACUCCUCCCUUUCUUCGGCUUCGUCCUUGGACUUGGGAACCUUUCCGAUGUCCACCAGUGCUCCUCCGAUGGGCGGUUCCGCUGCUUCCGGUCCUCUCAGCGGCAAUAAUGCAUCGGCAGGGAAUAGCAACGACUACGGCUUUGGAUACGGAUACCAGCAAUACCACUACCAGCAGUAUCAGUACCAGCCGUCGCUGCAAAUUCUUCAUGAGAACUCGUCAACCACAAGCUACGACAAGGAAUCCAUAACUAGGCCAAAGUUGCUGAUUUCGGAGAGCAUAAACCAACACAGCAAAAGCAACAACAUUAGCGACGUCAGGGGCGAUGGUAUGGCUGACCCGGCCGACUUGAUAACCAUUCAUGUCGCAAGCAUGGAAUGCAUGCAUUGCUCGUCGAAGGGCACGCCGGAAUGGAGAAGAGGUCCCGGUGGUGAAAGGACACUAUGUAAUGCGUGUGGCUUGUUCUACUCCAAGUUGGUCAAAAAGUACGGAGAAAACGAUGCGAAAGCCAUUAUGGCGAAUAGGAAGAAAAUGGGCAAAAGCAUGGAUAGGAGGUUAUCCAUAACUUGA